GAUCUGGAGUGGAGGGCAGCUUGCCACCUGCCUGCUGGCGUGAGCUCUUAGUGUGAUUUAAAUUUCUGAGUCCUGUGUAGGCAUCCUGGAGAUGGUGGUCUUGAUCAAUGCAAAGAUCAAGUCUUUCAUUAAACUUUUUAAGAAGAAAACGGUUUCCAACCUAGAUGAGGAGAGCAGAUGGACGGUCCACUACACUGCCCCCUGGCACCAGCAGGAGAACGUGUUCCUUCCCACCACGAGGCCGCCCUGCGUGGAGGACCUGCACCGCCAAGCCAAGCUCAACCUCAAAUCAGUGCUGAGGGAGUGUGACCAGCUGCGGCAGGAUGGCUCCCGGAGUUCUCAGUACUACUCCCAGGGGCCCACCUUUGCAGCCAGCUCCAGCCCCCUGGCCCAUGAUGAUCAGGACGAGGAUGAGGAAUCAGAUCAGAAGGGUUCCAUCUCUUCGUCGGAAGAGGAAAGACUUAUUUCCAUCAGGAGACCUAAGACGCCAACCUCAAGUGACUUCUCCGACCUUAAUACUCAAACCAACGGGGCCAAGUCACUUCCCUUGCCGACCCCGGAAGAAAAGACGCGACAGCAGGCCCAGGCGGUCCAGGCGGAUGUGGUUCCCAUCAACAUCACGGGGGAGAAUUUCGAUCGCCAGGCCAGCCUUCGGCGGUCUCUAAUUUACACAGACACUCUGGUAAGACGACCGAAGAAAGUCAAAAGGAGAAAGACUAUUGCAGGAGUCCCUGACAGCAUACAGAAGGAGCUAGCAUUAGGCACUGGCCAAGAUGAUGGUGGUGGUCCCUCAGUGUACACCCCGGACCACUACUCUUCACUGGGACGGCUUGGCAGCUAUGGGUCUGCUGGGCAGCGCUCGGAAACCAGGGACUCCAGCUGUCAGACCGAGGAGGUGCGAGUGGUCCCGCCGUCAAUGAGAAGGAUCCGGGCGCAGAAGGGGCAGGGCAUUGCUGCGCAGAUGGGUCACUUCUCCGGCUCCUCGGGGAACAUGUCUGUGCUGAGCGAUUCUGCGGGCAUAGUGUUCCCUUCUCGCCUCAACCACGAGGCGGGUUUCCGCAGCCUGCCACGCUGCGCAGCCAGGGCGAGCGCGCAGUCCCUGGAGCCGAGGCUGGGGGCCCUGGGCCCUGCAGAUAGCCUGGACGGCGCUUUCCCCUACGAGAGGGAUGACCCGCAGGUAGAGGGAAACUCGGGACAUUUAGGAGGCGCCUCAAGGACUGGGACACUUCUGAGGCCCAGAUCGCAGGAGCUGAGGCACUUCGAGGGAGAAAACCUAACCAGCCCGGCGUGCGUGGUGUCUCCCCACGCGGCCUACUCCACCAGCAUCAUCCCCAACGCCACGCUCUCCUGCUCCUCGGAGGUCAUCGUUAUUCACGCCGUGCCGUGCUCAGGGCCGCUGGACAGCAGAAGUACCAGCUCCUCCUCCCACACGAAGAUAAAAUCCAGGGACCGCCUCCUCUCCAGGCGCGCUGGUCAAGAUGACCGUCGAUCUCCCAGUGGCAGCUGGAAUGAGGGUCACUCCUCUCUCUUACAGGCCUUAGGCCCCCAUUCCCCCAGUGCAGCCACACUGCUGUCCCUCUGUGACUCUGCGGUCUCUCUAAAGACCCCGGCACAUCUGGAGAACGGGUCCCCCGGCGCGGCCUUCAGCUGUAGAAACAAGCUGGGCUUCCCAGCGCUCCCUCAGGAUGCGGACGGCGGGAGCGAGCCCAGUUAUUCCGGAGGCCGGGGGCCUGGCGGCGCGGAGCCCUGGGAAUGCAGCGCCACCGGGAAGCCAGGGGCGGCCACUCCUGGUUACUCCAGUCCCGUCAGUAACCUGAGCAGCUGCAGUCUGGACCAAACGUCGAACAAAGACGAUGCCGGGUCCCUGUAUUCGGGGGACCACGAUGGCUACUACGCAUCCGUAUACCCCGACUCUGGACGCGGACCUGUGGAUCUCUGCAGCAGCGGUGACAGCUUUGGGAACCCCAGGCACAGCGUGGUCAAUGUUUUCGAUGAGAGAGCUCAGAAGAGCCAAGGGAACCGGUCCCAUUACCACGACAAGUCCCUUUCGCGAAGCAUCUCUUUGAAGAAGGCGAAGAAGCCUCCCCUGCCGCCGUCGCGGACGGAUUCUCUGCGCAGGAUGCCCAGGAAGGGCGCCCCGGGCCCCGGGCAGGCGCUGAACGGGGGCCCGAGGGCCUCGCCCCCGCACGCGCUGCGGCUGGACCUCGGGGGCACGGGCGGCAGCUCGUCCUCCCAGAGCCCCUGCAGCGACGCAGACGAGCCGUGGCUGCCGCGCUCCCGCAGCCAGAGCACGGUCAGCGCGGGCAGCAGCGGGGCCUCGGCCACCACGCCCACCGCCUCCUCCCUGUGCGGGGCCGUGCACAGCGACACGAGCAGCAGCAGGUCCGAGGGCGCAGAGCUCUGGCCCCAGUGUGCGGACGGCCCCGGCUCGCACGGGGACGCGGGGGCCGGGGGCGCGCCGGCGGGGGGCGCGCGGGGAUGGCCUGUGCACGGGGGUUGCGGGGCCGCCGGGGCUGGGUGCUCGGUCGCGGCGGGGAGCCCGGCACGCAGGGUAACCUCGCCGUCCAGCGGGUACUCCAGCCAGUCCAACACGCCCCCCGCACUCACCCCAGUGCCCGCGCUCCUCAAGGCUAAGGCCAAGCCCAGGGUCCCCGAGAGGAAGUCCUCCCUGGUUUCCUCGGGGUCCUUGUCCGCGUCCUCCACAUCCCUCUUCUCCAGCACCUCGGCGGACGGGGGUGGGACCGCAAGGACGCCGGCCCCCGCACCUCCUUUUCCCCCUCCGCCUUUCCCCACUCCGCCUCCCUUGGCGGAGACCCCCGAGGGCGCUCUUCUGCCUCAGUCCCCCUUGUUCCCCCCUCCGCCACCACACCUGCUCCCCCCUUGUCCCCCCACGGUCCCCGGCCCCCUGCUUCUGGAAUCCUCUGCCCCUGCAGUGCCCCCGCCUGCCCCACCCCUGGACCCUAAGCUGCUGGAGGAUGCCCGGCCUCCUUUUAGAGACUCUGGCCGGGCAGAGCCCCCGCGGGAGGCCCGCCGUCGGCCCCCGGACCCGGAGGAGGGCAGGCCGCCCCCACUGAUAACCCGGGAGGCGCUGCGCACCGUGCAGCUGCGGCCGGUGAGGACGAUCCUGGGGCCUGAGGCAGCCCCGUCGUGCGGGCAGGGACCCCGGGGAGAACUCACGCCGGCCACUCCCCAGGACCGCGGGAAGCCGCCUGCUUCCCCGAAAUCCCGAAAUAGCGCAAACGGGAUGCAGAGCGAGAGCACACCCGCCUGCGCCCCCGGCUCGCGUUCCACUCCCGCUGGGAGCCCGGGCGGGGGCCGCGGGGACACUGGGGACCCGGGGGACCCAGGGGCUGGGCCUGGCCCCUCGCCCAGCAGGAAGCCACCCCCCAUCGCCAAGAAGCCCAGGCUGGUGCUCGUGGUGCCGCCUCCGCAGAGACAGCUCCCUGCGCCCGGCCCCCCUGGGGGAGAGGCGGGGCGCUGCGCGGCCGGGGCCGGGCCAGAGGAGACUGCCGCGGCGUCCGCGUCCCCGCACGCUGUGGACGCCGAUGUCCCCGCGGUGCAGCCCGACGCCCGGCGGGCCUCCGAGCCGGAGGAGCCGGAGGAGCGGCGCGCAGAGGACGGAGCGGACCGCACGGGAAGCUGCUCGGCUCUGCAGGACUCGCGGCCUGGGGUGCCAGAGCCCGAGGCAGCCGGCCCUUCCUCGGAGGCUUGGGACCUCCCCAAGGAAGAGGGGAGCGAUGAGGCCAUGACCCCCAGCAGGCCCCGGACCACGGAGGACCUCUUCGCAGCUAUUCACAGAUCCAAGAGGAAAGUCCUUGGCCGUAAAGAUUCGGAUGAUGACCACUCUCGAAACCACUCCCCCUCCCCCCCAGUGACCCCCACCGGAGCUGCCCCCAGCCUGGCCUCCCCGAAGCAGGUGGGGUCAAUUCAGAGGAGCAUCCGCAAGAGUAGCACCAGCAGUGACAACUUCAAGGCCCUGCUGCUGAAGAAGGGCAGCCGGUCAGACGCCGGCGCCCGCAUGUCCGCCGCCGAGAUGCUCAAGAACACUGACCCCAGGUUCCAGCGGUCAAAGUCGGAGCCUUCGCCAGACGCGCCUGAGAGCCCAUCGAGCUGCUCCCCGAUCAGGAGCAGGAGGGCCCAGGAGGAGUGGGCCAGGGGCGAAGGCCUGAUGCCACGGAGCCUGUCCUUUUCGGGCCCCAGGUAUGGCCGCAGCCGGACGCCGCCGUCUGCAGCCAGCAGCAGGUACAGCGUGAGGAACCGGAUCCAGAGCAGCCCCAUGACCGUCAUCUCGGAGGGAGAAGGGGAGACCAUGGAGCCUGCUGACGACAGGGCUCACUGGACCCUGGGCGCUACCAGGAGCUGUCCACUAGAUGGACUGGCAGGGGACGAAAUAUUUGAGGGCAGUCUGCUCCAUGGCGGGGAGCCAGCCGCCUCCCUGCGGGCACAGUCUCCUGGCCCUGCGGACGGGACGGCUGGUGCAGAGGGCAGGAGUCCCUCAGAACAGUGCGCAGGUCCUCUGGGGGAAGAGAGUUAG